AUGGCCGAACCAUCACCUCGAGCAGUGCGGUUCUCGGGCGCGGACGAAGAUGGACGCUCUGAUAAAGUCGGGAGCCACAGGCACGAGACCCCGAUCGAAACCAACGGUGACCCUCAUGCGAUAGAACGUCAGGACGAGCUGGGUAACAUGGCCCGGUACGAGACAUCAGGCCACACAGGAUCAAUGAGUUCGUUUCUACCAGGAACGGUCAUUAACGGCGGCCCCAAACCGCAAAGAACCGCCACUUCGGACGAUGUCCCUGCUUAUACGCCCAAUGGCUCUUGGCCACAACGACCAUUGGGGCCUGCGCGGACACCGUCGAAUACCUACAAUCCCGCCACGUCGAGGAAGCCGGCCCAUCCGCCAGCAACACCAUCUUUCACCGAGUCUAUCCGAUCGUCGUCUAAAACUCGCCCACGGCAGACCGAGAGCAGAUUCCGUGCACAGGAACGGGCAUAUGUGCAGAAACUUCGACAGGACCACAACGGAGGAUAUUUCACAUCAUACUCAAGCUUGAAUGGAAAUGAUUCGGAUUCAGAAGGAGAGACUCCUUCAUCCGAGGGACCAUACGAUGAUCGUUUCGACCAGGAGACGAUUAUGUUCUACGGCAACGAUAACCUUCAACCUACAGAUGAGGACUUGAAAGACCCAGAUAAUCGCGAAAGGCUUGAAUGGCACGGUAUGCUAGAGGCUGUCCUUACUGGAGACGUUGUGCGGCAAGAGAAGAAACGUUUGAUCGGAUCCGCGGACCAGCAGGCUGGUAAGAGCGCUCACAAGACCGAACUGUGGCUAGGUAUCCGCUCCAAGGUUUGUGGAAGACACAUUCCUGUUCAAAGGCGUAUGUUGGAGGAAUCGCGAUCCACACUCGACCGCACAAUCGACGAAAUUAUCAACUUCCAAGUAAAGGGCGAGAGUGAGGUUGGAAAACCCCCGUACGAACAAGUCAAGGAUAUGGUGGCCAAGAUUGAGAUGUGUGAGAAUCUAUACCCUUCUUGGGCUUCACUUGCAGCAGAACACAAGGCGGCAGAUUCUGCCACCUUUAAGGAAGCGCAUGAUGCCAUUAUCUCUUGGUACAACACCAACGAAAUGAUCAAUACAGAGCUGAACAUUUUGAAGAAAUGGGUUGGAAACGACGAGCUCGACUUUACGCGGACCAAACAGAGAUCACCCGCUGUCAACGGCAUCAGCAACGACGAAACUUCCUUCCUUGACCGAUUGAUGAAAGAAGACGGACUGCAAUCUCUUUACAACGAUGAUAAUGGAAAUCUAGAAAAAGGAAUGCUUGCACCCAUCUCCACUGUGAUUAGCAAGGCCAAGGACACUCUUAUUAGGAAUUCUGAGCCGUUCCGCAAACGCCAUCUACCUCCAUACCUGGAAGAGCUUCUCACUCUUAUCAGCUUCCCAUCGCGCCUCAUCGAAGAGAUCACUCGGAUACGUCUUGCUUAUGCUAGGAGAGUUAAGGAAUCUGCUCAGCAAAACCCACUCAUGCAAGACCAGAUGAUCUCCCAGUUCCAAUUACUGCUCAAGUUUGCCAUCCGGAUCAAAAUUGAGUGCACUUCCAUUGCAAACCCCGAACCAGGUUGGGAUCUGCCACCUUGCAUCGAUGAAUCUUUCGACCAAGUUGUAUUGGAAGCGUUGAAGUACUACUUCAAGAUGCUAAACUGGAAGCUGAGCGGAAACAAAAACACCUUCAAAGAAGCUGAACUUUUGUUCCAAGAGUGGGACUUUGCCAACGAAAUUGGCAGCCAUUUGCAGCAUGGGCACAUCGAAGUUGCGGAGCAAUUUAGCUCCUUGACGUUCAAGGCGCUGAACAGAGUGAGCCAGACAUUUGAGAAGGAGUUACAAGCAAAACCCAAAGAAACUGCAUCAGAGAUGAGCAAGCGAUACAAGGCUUGUCUUGACUCUGUGCGAGUUCGUCAGCGAAUGCUUCAACGAUUCACUCGAAUGUUGAACGACAACUACGAGCAUGCUUCUGACUACAGUAUUUCCUUCCCACCCGAGACGAUGCAGAAGUUCUACGAUCAACUCGUCGCUUCCGGUCACUUCCAGGUAGACACCCAUCUUCUCGAGCAGGAAAACACUUAUGUUAUCGCAUCGCCUGAGCUACGUGAGAGACUCGAAGACAUCCCAGUCAUGAUGGCCAUCACGUCCAAGGACCAGUUUCCCGAUGAGCUUGGAGAGCAGUACCUUCUUAUUCUUCGACCGGAGGAUCCGAUCAACUGGUUUGGCGAGGUGAUUGAGGUGCCACUCCGCGACUUGAGCAUCGACCUGAAGCGAGGCCACAUCCGCCUUUGCGCUGGCAGCCCUCAAACGCUACACAACGCACGAAGGGCAUUCCUUGAUGCUGUCGAUAUGCAUGUGGAUCUAGUGCAGGAAUCGAGAUCUAACAUUCAUAAAGUCAACUCGAGAUUGACAGAAACCAGGCGAGUGGCAUACAAGCUCUCCAAUACCUUCAUGGACAGUGUAGGUAUCAUCAGGAAACAGGCUCGAGGCAAGGACUGCCAGGAGCUCAUCCAAACAUGUUUCGUGUUUGCUACGGAAUUUGGUCAACGUUCGUUGCUCUACAUGGACAGCAACAGACGACAGAUGAACAACCUCAAGCUGACGAAGCUUGCCCUUGACUGGGUCAGCUUCAUUUGUGAUGACUGUAUUGCUUCCGACCGAAAGACAUUCCGCUGGGCUGUGCUUGCGCUCGAGCUGGCUAUGGGAAUGACGCGGGGACGCCACAUUCUUGCGCUGGGUGAGGAAGAGUAUGCUAAGCUUCGUUCCAAGGUCGCUGGAUGUAUGUCUCUUCUCAUCUCCCACUUCGAUAUCAUGGGUGCCAGAUCGAACUUGGCGGCUCAGGCGGAGAAGGAACGAAUCGAAGCAUUGGUUGGACAGUUCCGAAAGCUCGACAAGAACCGUAUGAUGAAUGAUGAGGAAGCAUCUCGCUUCAUUACGGAGCAGCGCAUGGAGGAGCUUGAAAGAGUGGACGAAUAUCGACGUGAGAAGGUUGCAGAGAGGCAGGGAGUUGGAAGAGUUUUGGAGGGCAACAACGAGGUUGAUCGAUCGUUGGCAUACCUUUCAUCUUCAGCUACCAACGUCACCAUGCGCUGGCAGCAAGGCCAAUUCGUGGGAGGCGGCACGUUUGGCAACGUCUACGCGGCAAUGAACCUUGACACGGGUCAUCUCAUGGCUGUUAAGGAAAUACGACUUCAGGACCCCAAACUCAUCCCACAAAUCGCUGAACAAAUCAGAGAAGAGAUGGGAGUACUGGAGGUCUUGGAUCACCCCAACGUCGUAUCAUAUUAUGGCAUCGAAGUGCAUCGAGAUCGUGUGUACAUUUUUAUGGAGUUCUGUUCUGGAGGAUCGUUGGCGAAUCUCCUGGAGCACGGUCGAAUUGAAGAUGAGCAGGUCAUCAUGGUUUACGCGCUUCAGCUGCUCGAGGGUCUUGUCUACUUGCAUGAGAGCGGCAUUGCCCACCGAGACAUCAAGCCUGAAAACAUUUUACUUGAUCACAACGGAAUCAUCAAGUACGUUGACUUUGGCGCCGCUAAGGUGAUUGCUCGACAAGGCCGAACACUUGCUGGCGAUAUACAGGCAACGAUGCCAAACCGGUCCAUGACAGGAACACCCAUGUACAUGUCACCUGAAGUGAUCAAGGGCGAGAACCCCGGUAAGCCUGGGGCUGGCGACAUUUGGUCACUGGGCUGCGUUAUUAUGGAAAUGGCUACCGGUAGAAGACCGUGGGCGCAACUCGACAAUGAAUGGGCGAUUAUGUACAACAUCGCCCAAGGAAAUCCGCCGCAGUUGCCGCCUUCUGAUCAGCUCAGCCCCCAGGGACUCGACUUUUUGAAGAAGUGCUUCACAAGAGAUCCCCGAAACCGAUCAACCGCUGUUGAGUUGUUGCAGCAUGAAUGGAUCAACUCGAUUCGAAGCCAGGUUGUGGAACCAGCGACACCAAGCGAAUCAAGCAGCUCUGCGCAGUCGACACCAACAGUUGGAUCGACAUCGAGCAGACUUGGAGGGUCUGAUGGAUUCUACUAG